AUGUUUUCCUCUUCCUUUCGCCGCCAAUCGCCCGCUCUCCUGCGCGCCAGCGCUCGUGCUCUCAUUUCUACCCCUUCUUCAAAAAUCGCAAUUGUUCGACCCGCAGCACCCUCUGUUCUCAAAUCAUCGGGCACACAGCGAAGAUUUUUUGCCAUCUCUACAUAUUUACGAGACGAGGCCUUCAAUGCCGCCACGCAAGAAGUCGUAGACUCUGAUCCUCCGGCCGGAGAGUACCAUUUCUCUGGCCAUGGUCAAGAUCAUCAUUUCGGAAAGAAUGAGGAGAUCACAAAGUUCCAGCAGCUCGCGGAUAGAGGUAUUGUCGACAAAUCGAUUAUCAACACGAUUACCAAAGGUUUGGGAUACGAGGAGAUGACAAAGGUUCAGCGCAAGACUAUUAUGGAGACCGUUAAUGGUGACAAUGUCCUUGCCCAGGCCAAGACUGGUACCGGAAAGACAAUUGCUUUCCUUCUCCCUGUUCUACAGCGGGUCCUCACAGCCGAAAGACCCCUUACGGUACCGAGGAGGGGUGACUGGAACACCGCCUCAUUUGCAGACAUCCGUGCAAUAAUUGUCUCCCCUACCCGUGAAUUGGCCACCCAAAUUGCAGUUGAUGCGCAGAAGCUCACCAGAGGGACUAACAUUAUCUGUCAAACUGCUGUGGGCGGUUCUGGAAAGCGCGAGGGUCUCAGAGCUAUCCACAGAGAGGGUUGUCAUGUCUUAAUUGCCACUCCUGGUAGAUUGCUUGAUCUCCUCACAGACCCCAACGGUGUUACGGCGCCCAACCUGGAGAUUUUCGUCAUGGACGAAGCUGAUAACCUUCUUGAUGUUGGGUUUUCCGCUGAACUCGAUAAGAUCAUGGCUGCAUUACCCCGUAGAGAUGCACCCAUUGGUAACAGUGGAAAGGGAAGGCAAACCCUUUUGUUCUCCGCCACCGUACCCGAGAAGGUUAUGGCUGUCGUCAGGAAGACCAUGGGCAAAGAUUACAAAUUCCUACAAAUGGUGGAGAAGGGUGAGGCCUCAACUCACGAGAGGGUCGAACAAAAACUCAUCGAAUGCCAUGGUCUUGAGAACCUUGUCCCCGCAACCUACGAGCUAGUCCUCCGUGAGAUUGCAGCAAUUAAUGCUGCCUAUGAUGCAAACCCUGACGCCGAAAAACUUCCUUUUAAGGCCAUUGUCUUCUUCUCAGCCACUCGCUUCACAUCCCUCGCCGCUGAAACUUUCCGUUCCCUUGGAAACGGCGGCGUUGGUGCAAGCCAUCCGCUUUACCCCACUAAAAUUUUUGAGAUUCACUCCCGUCUUACUCAGGGCCAGCGUGACGUUGCCGCCACCCGCUUCCGCAAGUCUGAGUCCGCAAUCCUGUUCUCAUCCGAUGUUACCGCCCGUGGAAUGGACUUUCCUAAAGUCACGCACGUUAUCCAGGUCGGUGGACCCAGAAACCAUGAACAAUACAUCCAUCGUCUCGGUCGUACAGCUCGUGGUUCGGCAGCUGAAGGUGUUGGUUACCUCCUCAUCCCCAAGGUCGAGGCCCGCCAGGUCCAGCGUGAGCUCAAGGGACUUCCUCUUGUUAAGGAUAAAUCUCUCACCAUAGCCAGCAUUGAUCUGGGUGCCGAGCAGAAUCUUCCCAAGAAAACCGCAGAUAUCAUCACAGCCAUCACUGAAGCUUCACUGAGGGUUCCACGUGAUUUAAAGGCAAAAACAUACUCUGCUCUUAUUGGUCUUUACAUGGCCAUUGGUGACAAACGUCUCAUGGUCGAAUCCCUCAAUCGUCUCUCAACCCUAGGCUGGGGAAUGGAAGAACCUCCCUUCAUUAGCCCUCUGCUUGCCCGUAAAAUGGGCCUGGACAAAAUCCCAGGUAUCAACUUGGGUGGAUACGAUGAUCCCGAGUACAGCGAGGAAAGUGGUCAACACACUAGCGGCAGUGGUGGAUUCUCUCGCGGUGGCAGUGGCGGUAGUGGUGGAUUCUCUCGCGGCGGUAGUGGCGGUAGUGGCGGUAGUGGUGGAUUCUCUCGAGGCGGUAGUGGUUUUGGAGGCGGCCGUGGUGGUGGUUCCAGACCUUGGGAAACCAGGGGCUCUCAAGGCGGCCGUCCCAGUUACGGAGACCGCGGAUCCUCAGGAGGUCGUGGUGGUGGAUUCGGAGGCCGCCCUAGCUAUGGGGACCGCCCUAGCUAUGGAGACCGCCCUAGCUAUGGAGACCGCCCUAGCUAUGGGGACCGCCCUAGCUACGGAGACCGUGGAUCUUCAGGUGGUCGUGGUGGAUUCGGGGGCGUGGUGGAUUUGGAGGCCGUGGUGGUCGCAGCUUUGGAGAAUAGGUGA